UCCUCCUCCUCCUCCAGCUUCAAAAAGAUAAAAACAACUUAACCAUGGUUACCAUCCUCUUAAUUCCACCACCACCAUCUACCCAGAAAACAAAACAUAGAGAGACAGACAAACAACAACAAAGUAACAGUAAAGCAACACUGGAAAAGAAGACUGAGAAGAAUUCAAUACAGAAUCAGACACACAUCUCAGAUCUCUGUUUUUUCUUUCAUUUCUUCAAAUCAAAACCCUAAAAAACCAAAAUUAAUAAGAUCUGAAAUGGAAUUCAUCAUCAUCACACCUUAGUGAAAGAGGAUAUGGGGAUAAGAGAUGGAAUGAUGAGUGAAUUAACAUCAGAAGAUGCUAGUGUUGGUACAAUUGUAUGGGUAAGAAGAAGGAAUGGAUCAUGGUGGCCUGGUAAAAUUGUUGGUCCUCAGGAAUUAGCUUCUUCUCAUCUUAUGUCACCAAGAUCUGGUACUCCUGUUAAACUUCUAGGUCGUGAUGAUGCUUCUGUGGAUUGGUACAAUUUAGAGAAGUCCAGGCGUGUAAAGGCAUUUCGAUGUGGUGAGUUUGAUGAUUGCAUUGAAAAGGCUGCAAGCUUUCAGGGAAAAACCCCUGUAAAGAAAAGAGAGAAAUAUGCACGUCGGGAAGAUGCAAUUCGUCAUGCUCUUGAGCUUGAGAGGGAACAGUUGGAAAAGAAGCCGAACUUACGCAGUGGUGUUAAUAGUUUCAGAAAUAAAAAGUUGAAAAAUGGCUUAGGUACUCCAGAUAAUCUUGCAAAUGGUCAGUCCAAUCUCCAAUCACAGACAACUUCAAAGAAAUUAGAUUCAUCUGGUCAGGUAAAGAGCAUGGGGAAUUCUUUAUAUGCUCGGAAAUCUAAACAUGGGAAACAACCAACCUCUGAAGGUAAAACUCCCCCUCUUGCAAAUACUCAUGUCAAGCUGGAACCUACUACUGUUCAAAGUGUUGGAGUUGAAUGUCCUGCUAACAGGAGUGAAAAAUUGCUGGACAUGAAAAGGAAAAGGGCUGUGGUUCAACCAUCUGACUUCCCUGCUAAAAAACGUGGUAGACGUUGUUAUCUUGCUAAAAUAUUACAAAAUAGUGCAAAGGUUGAUGGUGAAAGCGUUUCUAUCUCUGCCCAAGGUGAAAAAGAGCAGGCAGGAGAUUUAUGCAGAAUGAACAGAAUACAGGGUGUUAAUUUUCCUGCUGAGUUGAAUAAUGGCUUGGAUCAUACAGAUAAUUCUGGAGACAAGAUGCUGAGUUUAAAGUCUCAGUUUAAAACAGAUUGCUGUCCUGUGGACCCAAGUUCUUCAACUGAAGAGGAUAGCUCAUCUGGAACAAUGGAAGACGAAUCAUCUGAUACAUCUGAUAGUGAAUAUGUUGAUCAGGAUAUGGAUGAAAAUAAAUCCAUGGUUCCAAAUGCUAUUGGGAAUGUAUAUUCUGGUACACACUUAACAGGUAGUAGUUAUAAUAAACUCCAGUCUGGUAGAAUGGGCGUGGAAGAACUGGAUGAGGCAGCAUAUCCUGCUUACAGAUCCCAGCAACAUACGUUUGACCAAAGUGCAAUGGAUUAUGCUGGUGUGAAGUCAUCGAUAUGGCAAUUAAAGGGGAGGCAGAACAUACGUAGUGAGACAAGAAGAUCCAUAGAUUCAAUGGAUCAAGAUAAUUCAAAUGGAAUCUUUCAGGGCACAUAUCUUGAUAGAAGACCGAAUCUAUACCACAAAAGUGAGGAGCUGGACAAUGGUUUUGAGGACGAGCUGAUUGAGAACUGGGGAUAUGGAAGAAAAAAGUACCAACCACAAUUUGAAGCUGCUCGAAAUGAUCGUGGCAGAAAGCGCCGUAACUUUUUCGAUUCUGAAGGAAAUUGGGAGGUUAAUGGGCUAUCUCAAGUGGCAUCAAGAAGAUACUGGGAUGGAUCUAGUGAGCGGUUUCACCCAGCUUAUGGCGGCCAUUAUCUCAAUGAUCGCUCGAAAUCCUUGCUGGUGGAUGUGGAUAUAAAGGUCCAAUCUGGUUACCAUGGGGAACAUGUUCCUUUGGUUUCUUUAAUGAGCAGAUUGAAUGGAAAAGCGAUAAUAGGGCACCCUAUUCGGAUUGAAGCGUUACAAGAUGAUUCAAUGGAUCCUAUUUUGGCAAGUCAAGAUUUGAGGGAGGCCACCAUCUAUGGCAAUGGUGGUAUGUCUCCAGUUCCGCCAGCUUGGAGAACUGCCAGAAGGACAGUUAUGCUUCGUGUCCGACGUCCUAAUCCUUCAUCAUCAGCCGCAUUGAAUGGGGGCCAGGCUGAGGCUUCCAAUCAGAGUCUUUAUCGACCCCCAGAUUUGGAGAGCAAGCUUUCACUGUACAGGAAAUCAUAUUCAAGUAGUCAGAAAACAAGUAAAGACAUCUCGGAAGUUCAUAGUUCGAGUAAGACACAAAGUGAAUCGUUGAAAAAAGUCACAUUGGCUAGCCAAAGAACAAGAAUGCUGUCAUCAUUUGCUGCUGAACGAAAACACAGUGGUGAAGCCAUGUCUGAUCAAAAGCUCCUGAGUAGAAGUGCUGUAGCUGGAUUGAACAAAUGGGACGAGGUUGGACCUACUGUAGUAACCUGCAUCCCUGUGAAACUUGUGUUUAGUAGGUUAAUGGAAACAGUUGGUAGGGCUCCCUCUUCCAGAACAGAGAGACGGAGCUAUAAAGUGGCGAUCAAUGGUGGUGAUAAUGGAAAAGAAGACACCAUAGGUACAGAGUUUACUGUGAAGGAAGUUUAGGUGUGUGGAAAUGCUGUAAUACAUGUUCAGUAUUACAGUCCGUGACUCUUUUUGUGACCGAAAAUAAAACAUCUGAAUACUAGAGAUUAUAGAGGCAGUUCUCCCUGAUACCCCUCAUUGAAGGAAUGUAAUCCAAAAUUUAUACGUAAAUUUUUGUAGUUUUAUAGGCUUAGGAUACUCAGUGUCUGCCUCGGGGGUGUUUCAAGUGGUUAUGAUGCGGCUCAGGUCAAAUCAGAUGCUCUUCCUUCCUCUCCCUUUUGGAUUCAGAGUUCCAGCAGACAAUGGUACAUUUCCAGUGAUCAAGCUUUUCUUUUGGUGUUGAAGUCUUUGCUCUUACACUCUUGUAUAGUUUAUACUAAAACCUUGUCAGUAUCGGCUUCGGCCACUCAUAUAAUUUAGAAAUACGAAACAAGAUCAUCACAUUUCUACUCUGUUCGCCAUAUGGUUUGUUCACAUUAAGGGUUGUGUUUGGCUGUUGGAAAACUUAGCUCUACAACCAAGCACAAACCCAUUCUAGAAACUUGUACUGCAAUUUUAGCUGACUAUAAGAUCUACCAAUCAAAGAGUUUUGUGACAUCACAAUGUUUUUUUAUUGGUUCUUAUUCCCGUCAUAUGUAUGGUCAUUCUGAUGCUGUUUAAGAGUUGAAUUUGAUAACUUUUUUAGCUGUAACUUUGAUGCAGUCAUCUUGAGGUUGCAGGCAGU